UCUCCAGUAGAGGGAGUUUUAUGGAAUACUGUUCACACCACCACAAAGCCGUGCGAGUAGUGGAACCGCGACAUUGGAUACUGAACAGAUUUCGGUUCAUAUUUGUUACAGAAGUCUUUAUCUAAGAAAAGAGUGUUGUCGUCGAAGUUGGAGUUGCUUAUUCGCGAUCAAAAGAGACGAAAACGGGAACGGAGGAAUGGUCCAUUUGGCGGUGUGAGCUCCAUAGAGGUCCAGAGGAAGCCUCGCUGUCUGCGAAAGUAAAGAAAGAAAAACACUGUAAUAAAGGCAACUACCACAGCACAAGCCGGUUCCGGAGACAAAUCCAAGAACCACUAAAGCUGGAUGAUCAAAGACUACCUUUCCCCGGUGGUCUGCAAUGGGGGAGACCAAAAUAAUAUAUCAUCUCGACGACCAGGAAACUCCUUACCUGGUCAAAUUGCCCAUCCCAGCCGAUAGGGUCACUCUCUUGGACCUAAAAAAUGCUCUCAAGAAACCGAACUUUAAGUUUUUCUUUAAAUCAAUGGAUGAUGACUUCGGGGUGGUGAAGGAAGAGAUUUCGGACGACAAUGCAAGGCUUCCUUGCUACAAUGGACGUGUCAUUGCUUGGCUGGUGUCUGCUGAUGGCUCUCAUUCAGAUGGUGGCUCUGUGGCUGAGAGCCAGUCAGAUCGCCCCCCAUCCCUUGAAAGGUGCCAAGGCAUCGGAGACUCCCGACCACCCUCCUUUCAUGCAAAGUCGGCUGGCAGUCGUGACGGCAUGGACGACAACACCGAGACCGACUCCGUGGUGUCUCAUCGCCGGGACAGGGACAAGGAACGGUCACGCCGGAAACAUACCCAGGACCACACAGGAGGGAGGAUGAAUGGUUACACACGGGGCGGCCGAGGCCUGGACCUGGGCGGGUACGACAGCCGCUCGUCCCUCAUGAGCAGCGAACUAGAGUCCAGUAGCUGCUUCGACUCGGAAGACGAUGGAUCCACCAGCCGGUUCAGCAGUGUUACGGAGCAGAGCGGCUCAUCACGUCUGGUCAGACGCCCUCGCCGUCGGCGACGGAGACCUAAACAAAACAUGGAACGGUCCUCAUCCUUCAGCAGCAUUACGGACUCCACCAUGUCCCUCAACAUAAUCACUGUUACACUAAACAUGGAGAAGUAUAACUUCCUGGGUAUCAGUAUUGUGGGUCAGAGCAACGAGAGGGGAGAUGGAGGCAUCUACAUCGGCUCCAUCAUGAAAGGUGGGGCAGUGGCAGCUGACGGACGCAUUGAACCGGGCGAUAUGCUUCUUCAGGUGAACGACAUCAACUUUGAGAACAUGUGCAACGACGAUGCAGUGCGUGUUCUGAGGGACAUCGUUCACAAGCCGGGACCCGUUUCUCUGACUGUGGCCAAGUGCUGGGACCCAAACCCAAACAGCUGCUUUGCGUUACCCAGAAGCGAGCCCAUCAGGCCCAUUGACCCGGCGGCGUGGGUGUCCCACACGGCAGCCAUGACUGGGGUGUACCCCGCCUAUGGCAUGAGCCCCUCCAUGAGCACGGUCACCUCCACCAGCUCCUCCAUCACCAGCUCCAUCCCCGAGACCGAGCGCUUUGAUGAUUACCACCUCUCAGUUCACAGUGACAUGGCAACUGUUGCUAAAGCAAUGGCAUGUCCCGAUUCUGGAUUGGAAGUUCGUGAUCGGUUGUGGCUGAAGAUAACCAUUGCUAAUGCCUUCAUAGGGUCAGAUGUAGUGGACUGGCUCUUCCAUCACGUCGAGGGCUUUACUGAUCGCCGUGAGGCCCGCAAGUAUGCCAGCAACCUUUUGAAGGCGGGAUUCAUCCGCCACACUGUCAACAAGAUCACCUUCUCUGAGCAGUGCUACUACAUAUUUGGUGAUCUCUGUGGCAACAUGGCUCACAUGUCCCUGCAAGACCACGAUGGGUCGAGUGGGGCAUCGGAUCAGGACACUCUGGCUCCCCUCCUGCACUCCGGCGGCGAGCCGGCGUGGCCGGUGUCCUUCCCGUACCAGUACCCAGUUCCCCACGCUCCCGAGCUGCCCCAUGGCUUCAGUGAAGCAGGGGGCGGUAGCGCCGGCAGCCAGCAUAGUGAGGGGAGCCGUAGCAGUGGGUCCCACGGCAGCGAAUCGGACGUCAGGAGAGAGAGGGCUCCCAGCGAGCGCUCGGCCCCCAGCGAGUGCAGCAUGCGCAGCUCCCACAGCCUGCGCAACCCCCGUUCCCACGGCCACAGCUCCGGCUCCGUACGCCUGGCCCACCCCCCCUUCAUGGCAGCGGCAGCAGCCGCGGCGGCGCCAGGCUCCCCCUCGGGCCGCACGCUGGUGUCCAUGCCCCCCGAACUCUCCGGCUCGCGCCAGUCCUGCCACACGGUGGGCAGCCAGGGCGAGUUCUUUGUUGACAUCAUGUGAAGCGGCGCCUGCACUGUUGUUCAGACAAACGGGACGGAUGGAUUAGACGGAUGAUGUGUGCAUGUGUGUUUCCCCUGCUUCAUGAAAGAGACUUAAAGACGUGCCGUAUUCGUGAUAGGCUUCCUACGUCUCUAGUGGCCACCUGGCAAGGAGAUGUAGGUCAGAGAGAGUGAACAACAGCAUCAAUGUGGAUAAACUUUUAAAAAGUGUAAGAAAGGAAAGAAAAGCAAAGCAAGCACCCAUUUCAAGAUGUGACAAAAGAGAACUGAGGGCUGUACUCCCCUUCUGCCUCUGCUUUCGCUCCGGCUUCAUCUGCCAUCAUUUGAGCAUGAGUAUGCUGAUAGAAUGUAUCUCACAGACAUAUACUUUUAGUACUGGUCAUUUCCAUUUUGUCAACAUUUCUUUUUUUUUUUACCUUGAGGCUAAACUUGACAGAAAUGCAUUGCCUAAAACAAACUCCAUUUGAUGAGAAAAUGUUUUUUAUUUAUAAAUAUAGUUUUAUUGCCUAA